AAGUUAUCUACUUCUGUAAGGUGUUUCAAAUCGAAAAGAUCUCUAUUUUUCAUUGAGGACGACAAACGUUGUUUCGAUUGGAUUACAAACAAUUUAAAAUGAGGCUUAUUUGGUUGUUGCUAGAAUUUUCUUUGAUGGUGCUCACGAGUGUAAAUGGAAAUCGUAUUCUAUCCGUUACUAAGUUUCAAACUGGCACAUGUACUGGAGAAGGAAUCAUUUGUAUGGACUGUAAGACUCCGGCUCGAUGUCUACUCGGGGACAAUGGAUGGAUUGCCAGACCGUUUGAAAAUUGCGAUGCCGAUGAAGGAUAUUACUGUAAUGUUUAUGACGAGGGUUGCUCUCAACGCGUGGGACCUUGUAACCCAGCCGGUCAGGACGGAAACUUUGUGUGCCAUACAGUCGGGGUUUUCCCGGAUCCCUUUGAUUGUCAAAUAUAUCACAUGUGUUAUCAGAAUGGACAGAAUUUGGUAGCCAUCAACAUGGGCUGCGAUAAUACCGCGUUUUCGCCUGCUACUGGUGACUGCUCGCUACCACGGAAUGAUACAAUUUGUACAACCAUACAAUGGAAUUGUACACAGGCUGGAGAAUUAAAUGCAUGGCCAGGGAACAACAAUAUCUACUAUCUUUGUAUUGCUGACGAUAGUAGUGGAAUACGACUGUAUUAUCCUGAGCUUUUCCGAUGCAGUUCUAAUCAAGUGUUUAGCGAUGGACGCUGUGUAGACAGACAAACGGUUCCAUCGCUUCCUGAAGAUGAUAAUUCAUACAUUUGCGAUUCCCCGGGACUGUACCCGGACAGCAAUAACUGUCGUUAUUAUUAUUCAUGCGAUGCUAAUUUGAACUCAAAACAUCAAGAAUGUCCAACAGGAACAUAUUUCCAUGCGGAUACGAGACAAUGUGUCAUUGGAACAUGUUGAAUUAAAUUUAAUGAUCCAAACGAUACAUAAAUGUAUUUUACAGUCCAUUCAACGGAGGACUAUACUUGUUCAAUUCAAUA